AUGAGUGGAAGUGGGUACCUGUUCUUAAUAGUGACCUCGUUGAGGCCACGGUAGUCAAUUCAGGGGCAUAGACUACCGUCCCCCGAUCUGGCAGGGGACUAGGAGGGGCGAAUGAAGCCAGCAACCAAGGAGCUCUGAAUAUACUGGUUCAUAGUCACUCUCUCCGGGGCAAACAGUGAGUAGAGGUGACCUUUGGGAAGGAAAGCCCCAGAGAGGAGAUCUAUGGCACAGUCAUAGGGUCAAUGGGGAGGCAGAGAUGUGGCAAGGGCCUUGUUAAAUACCACCUUGAGGUCCAAGUACACAGGGGGAACACCAGAGAGAUCUGAGGAGUCUGAGAAAGGAUCAGGAGACUUGGGAGACACCUUAGGGGAGGCAGACAGGAGGCAGGAUGAGUGACAUCUUGUAUUCCAACCCAAAACAGGCCCCAUGCACCAGCUAAUGUUGGCCUAUGUUGUUAAGUUUCUUCAGCCAGGGAUAACCAAGAAUAAGUGGCAGCUGAGGAGAGUCAAUGACGUGAAAAACAAGGUGUUCAGAGUGAUUACCUGACAUGAGGAGGCUGAGGGGUGGAGUGUGGUGAGUCACCCGGCAGAGCAAGCGGCCAUCCAAGGUGUUGGCCAACAGGGGAACCGGGAGUCUCUCCAACCGCAGCUGGAGCUGCUCGGCCAGACCCAGAUCGAUGAAACUCUCAUCAGCUCCAGAAACCAUUAACACAGCCAGCUCCAAGGAAACAGCAAGAGAAGACAAGCAAGCGUGAGUCAGAGGUCUGGAGGGCAGAGAGGAAGAAGAGGUUUGGCUCACCAGUAACCCUCCAUUAACGGAUGAGCCCGGCCUUUUACUGGACACCUAGCCAGCCUGCCCUAGCUGCCCGCAGUAGAUGCACCUCUCCUCCUUAACACUAGAACGGCCACGACGGUCAUUUUGACCGUUUUGAAAUUUAUAUGUGCAAUAACUUUGUUGAAUAAAAAAAUACAAUCCUGCUGGUACGUGACUUUUCCUAAAAGUGUCUGUAUUUUUAUUUACAAUGGGUUUCAUAUAAAUUACACAAAAGGAAAAGAAAAUAUGAUCAUUUUUACCUAUUUCAGCCAUACACGGUCAUUUUGACCGCACUGAAUUUCGCGCUAUUCUAUUGUUCUAUUUUUCGCGCGCUUUGUUAUACAAAUAGGAACUAUUGUCAAAGAAAAAUCGCUAGCGGUCUCUAGUGCUAUUAGCAUAUGCUAAUUUGCUUACGAAUACAAAUUAUUAGGCUAAAUUGGCUAUCAGUAUAAUAAUUUAAGAAAUUCAGUAAUUGCCUAGGUUGGAGUUUAUAAGGAGCCUUUAGAAAAUGUCUGAAAUGAGUGAAAGAAUGAAGAGAAAGAUGACCGCUGCCAUGGCCUUGGAGAUGCUUCAGAACUUGGACAGCGAUGACUCUGAUGCAGGGGAUCUAUCGGAGGUGGAAAGUGACAGCGACCUUUCCUUUGUGCAAGAAAACACUUCAUCCUCAUCAGAGAGUGAUUCAGAGUCCAUACCGAGGAAAAAGAGGCGGCUACUUUCAUCGGAGACUAGGGAUCCAGAUGUUCCGUUCACGGCUGACGUUCCAGGCCUUCCCGAACCAGUACCUGCUCUUGAGCCAACUGGAGUGCUCAGCCCGCCCUUGGAGUCAUCUCGGCCGGAGGCCGCUGUGGAAAAGGGGAAGGAUGGGACGGUGUGGACGGUCCUUCAGUCAACUGAACGUCCAGGGAGAAGGCAGAGCCAAAAUGUCCUGACUGAAGCUGCUGGCCCCACAGCGCACGCGAAGCGCAACAUCGGAGAUGCGCUCACGGCCUUCUUGUGUGUGUUUGAUGAUGGUAUGCUGAAACACAUCAGGGGCUGCACUGUGACUGAGGCACAUCAGCACCGUGGUGACAGCUCAUGGGACCUGACAGUGGCUGAACUGAAGGCCUUCAUAGCGCUGCUAUAUAUCCGUGGAGCACAGGGAGCAAAAAACAUGGAGUUGGGCAGCCUUUGGUCGGAAAAAUGGGGCUUCUCGUUUUUCAAAGAAACCAUGUCCAGAAAUCGCUUCAGGGAGAUAAUGAAAUUCCUGCGGUUCGACAAAAAAAGAGACCCGACGUGUGCGUCUGCAAGAUGACAAGUUUGCCCUGGUAUCGGCCACUUGGAAUAAGUUUGUUCAGAACAGCAUAGCCUGCUACAAGCCCAGUGCCAACAUAACCAUUGAUGAGCAGCUGUUCCCCACCAAGGCCCGGUGCAGAUUUAUCCAGUACAUGGGAAAUAAGCCUGAUAAAUUUGGAAUAAAAUUUUGGCUAGCUGCGGAUGUCAACUCAAAAUAUAUGCUGAACGGGGCUCCAUAUCUGGGAAAAGAGGAGACGUGGAGCAGAGGUCAGCUCGUGGGAGAGAGUGUGGUGCUGAGACUGGCGGAGCCAUUCCUGGGGAAGGGAAGAAAUAUUACUACAGAUAAUUUCACUUCUCUCAAACUGGCCACCGCCUUACAGGCCAAGAAGACCAGCCUGGUUGGCACCCUGGGGAAGACGAAGCGUGAGUUGCCCCCCUCUGCAAAAGAGCAAGCGGAGCUGUUCAGCACAAAGGUGCUAAAAUGUGCAGGUGCGACGCUCACCAUCUACCAGGGAAAGCCGAGGAAGAAUGUGUGCAUUCUGAGCUCCGUGCACACAAGCGUGGGCAUUACCGAUGGGCCGAAGGCAAAGCCGGAGUCGGUAACAUACUAUAAUAACACCAAAUAUGGCGUGGACGUCCUGGAUCAGAUGGCAAGGGCGUACUCUGUGAAAGGCGGUACGCGUAGAUGGCCAGUGGCUGUCUUUUAUAACAUCCUCGACCUGGCUGGAAUCAAUGCCCACAUCCUCUUCAAGGAGUGCACCAGCAGCAAGAUAGCCCGGAGGAAGUUCAUGCAGCAACUGGCAGAGGAGCUGAGAGCGGAGUUCAUGGAGGGAAAGGGGGCAGCAUGGCAGUUGGCACAAGGUCCAAGUCAGCAGCAGAAGCAACCACCACAGCAGACACCAAAACGGAGGCAGUGCCAGGUUCGGAGAAGCUGCAAACAAAAUAAAACACACGACACCUGCUGCAAAUGCCGCAAACCUGUGUGUGGAAAUUGUGCACGGAGAACAGAGGUCACUUGCGUUGACUGUGAAGCUUAAAUAGCCAAGCAUGCUAUUGAUGUAAUUAGUUAAUAUAAAAUUAGUAGCCUAAUUCUUUUAUGGUUUUAAACGUCGUUCGUGGCUCUUUUUUUAACGUUAGAUCUGCUCGUUUCCAGCUUUUCGAUUAUUUUCUGUGUUAUAAAUGUGUUAUAAAUGUUAAAACAAACUUUUUCAGAAUCAAAUAGAUCCUUUUAAUUGUUAUUAUCUUGUUCUGAGUUAUGCUGAAUAAAUACGGAAAAAUACUGGUGUGAAUUUAGCUUAUGUGAUAAUUACGGUUUGCUAUAUGCGAUGAUGUGAAUAUUGAUAAAUGUAUAAUUAAACUUUUUUAAAUGUACAUUUUGGUGUUAUUUGGUUUUUUAAAAGAUAUCCUAACACAUCAAAUACAUUAAUCUCCCAUUUAGGUAUUUAUCACUAGAGAAUAUAGAGUUUGGUAUCUAGCGGUCAAAAUGACCGCUUACGGCAAUUCUAGUAGUUUUGGAAUUCUGGCACUUCUA